UCAGUCGCUGAAACGUGAGCGCGAUUCUGUGUGUAUAUGAGAACUGUUUGUGAGUGUACCUUAGAGAGAGUGUGCAACUCAAGCCGUAGAGAGCAGUUAAAUUAACGGGAACAGUUUCCGAUGUAUUUCACAGCAAUGUGCGCAUUACCGCGAGUUCUACACUGAUCAGCGCGAUAAACUAGGAAAUAAGGUGACCUGGGUCCACCUCCGCCUGCUCUGCCAGCUUCUUCUCCCCGCCCCCCUUCUGUUCGCCCCCCACCCCCAGAGGAGCCAUGGCUCUGUGCUCCUCACCUCUGCACCUCCCCAUCCUGCUCCUGCUGCUCCUGCUGCCCCAGCCCUGCACCCCCGAGUCCCAGAGGAGUGGCGAGGAGCGGGCGUCGCCCUCCAUCUCCCCCGAGCCCUACAGCAACAGCACGGCUGGGGGUGGCAAGCGGUCCUGCACCGGCUCGUCCUACUGCAAGCCCGGCACCCUGCUGCCCGUCUGGAAGCCCCAGAGCCCCGGCCUGGGGGACCAGGUGGCCCGCGCCGUGGUCUACUUCGUCUCCCUCAUGUACAUGUUCCUGGGCGUGUCCAUCAUCGCCGACCGCUUCAUGGCGUCCAUCGAGGUCAUCACCUCUCAGGAGAAGGAGGUGACCAUCACCCUGCCUAAUGGGGAGACGUCGGUGGCCACCGUGCGCAUUUGGAACGAGACGGUGUCCAAUCUCACCCUGAUGGCCCUGGGCUCCUCUGCCCCGGAGAUCUUGCUGUCAGUCAUUGAGGUGUGUGGGCACGGUUUUGAGUCGGGUGAGCUGGGCCCGGGCACCAUCGUGGGCAGCGCCGCCUUUAACAUGUUCGUGAUCAUCGGGAUCUGCGUGUGGGUUAUCCCCGAUGGCGAGGUCCGCAAGAUCAAGCACCUGCGCGUGUAUUUCAUCACCGCCUUCUGGAGCAUCUUCGCCUACAUCUGGCUGUACCUCAUCCUGGCCGUGAUCACGCCCGGCGUCGUGGAGGUGUGGGAGGCCCUGGUCACCCUGGCCUACUUCCCUGUCUGUGUGAUCCUGGCCUGGAUUGCUGACCGCCGGCUGCUCUUCUACAAGUACAUGUACAAGCGGUACCGGGCAGACAAGCGGCGGGGCAUCGUGGUGGAGACGGAGGGCGAGAUGACCCCCAAGGGCAUGGAGAUGAUCAUGGACGGCAAGUUCCCGCCGCGGGGGGGAGCGGUCGGGGCCAUGCCCCCCGAGACCUGCCAGGAAGGCAACGGCACGGUGACAGCCAUCACGAACCUGCCCAACUCCAACAGCACCGCCAUCAACAUGGAGAACAGCAAGGAGCUGGACGAGAGCCGCAAGGAGGUGAUCCGCAUCCUAAAGGAGCUGAAGCAGAAGUACCCGGACAAGGAGCUGGAGCAGCUGGUGGAGCUGGCCAACUACUACGCCCUGCUGCACCAGCAGAAGAGCCGCGCCUUCUACCGCAUCCAGGCCACGCGCAUGAUGAUCGGGGCUGGCAACGUGCUGAAGAAGCACGCCGCCGACCACGCCCGGCGCGCCGCCGCCGCCGAGGACGCGCCCGAGGAGGACGACCUGGCCACCUGCAGCCGCAUCUCCUUCGAGAGCGCCCACUGCCAGUGCAUGGAGAACUGCGGCACGCUCAGCCUGGCCGUGGUCUGCCAGGGCGGCACUGGGGAGAGCACCUUCUACGUGGACUACCGCACCGAGGACGGCUCGGCCAACGCCGGCUCCGACUACGAGUACAGCGAGGGCACGCUGGUCUUCAAGCCCGGGGAGACCAGAAAGGAGAUCAAGGUGGGCAUCAUCGAUGACGACAUCUUCGAGGAGGACGAGCACUUCUUCGUGCGGCUGCUGAACUUGCGUGUGGGCGACGCCGAGGGCAUGUUCGAGAGCGAGGGGGCAGGCCUGGCCCCCAAGGGCCGGCUGGUGGAGCCGCUGGUGGCCACUGUCACCAUCCUGGACGACGACCACGCCGGCAUCUUCACCUUCAGCGAGCGGCUGGUGCGCGUGAGCGAGAGCGUGGGCACCAUGGAGGUGACGGUGGUGCGCAACUCGGGCGCCCGCGGCACCGUCAUCCUGCCCUACCACACCGAGGCGGGCACUGCGCGUGGUGGCGGCGUGGACUACGAGGACACCCGCGGGGAGCUGGAGUUCUCCAACGACCAGACCACUCAGACCCUGCAGGUGCGGAUCAUCGACGAUGAGGAGUACGAGAAGCACGAGAACUUCUUCAUCGUACUGGAGGAGCCGCGAUGGCUGAAGAGGGGAAUCUCAGCUCUGCUGCUCAACCAAGAGGACCCAGAGGGGGAGAUGAGUGCGGAGGAGGAGGAGGCUCGUCGCAUUGCGGAGAUGGGGAAGCCCAUCCUGGGAGAGCACAGCCGGCUGGAGGUGGUCAUAGAGGAGUCCUACGAGUUCAAGAGCACAGUGGAUAAGCUCAUUAAGAAGACCAACCUGGCACUAGUGAUUGGUACUCACUCCUGGAGGGAGCAGUUCAUUGAAGCGGUGACUGUUAGCGCAGGUGAUGGCGAUGAAGACGACGAGGAAGGGCGGGAGGAGCGUCUUCCUUCCUGUUUCGACUAUGUCAUGCACUUCCUGACAGUGUUCUGGAAGGUUCUUUUCGCCUGUGUGCCGCCCACCGAGUACUGGAACGGCUGGGCCUGCUUCGUGGUGUCCAUCUCGGUCAUCGGCUUCCUCACCGCUGUCAUCGGGGACCUGGCCUCUCACUUUGGCUGCACCGUGGGCCUGCGCGACACCGUCACGGCUGUGGUGUUUGUGGCCCUGGGCACCUCUAUCCCUGACACCUUUGCCAGCAAGGUGGCCGCCACGCAGGACCAGUACGCCGACGCCUCAGUGGGCAACGUGACCGGCAGCAACGCGGUCAACGUCUUCCUGGGCAUCGGGGUGGCGUGGACGGUGGCGGCGGUGUACUGGCGGGUGAAGGGCAAGCAAUUCCGCGUGGACCCCGGCUCGCUGGCCUUCUCCGUCACCCUCUUCACCAUCUUCGCCUUCAUCGCCAUGGGCAUGCUGCUGUUCCGCCGACGGCCCUCCAUCGGCGGCGAGCUGGGCGGGCCCCGCAUCUCGCGGCUCCUCACCACCCUCCUCUUCCUCGGCCUCUGGCUCCUCUACAUCCUCUUCUCCAGCCUGGAGGCCUACUGCCACAUAGAGGGCUUUUAAACGCAAGGGAUGGGACACACACACACACACACGUAAAUAUAUAUACACAAAUGUGCACAAACAAACACACACGCAUACUUUGCAUUUCUACAUAUCUGUGCAGAAGUAGGGCCUGACAAAAAACCUAGAAGGGUCACUCUAGAAACAUCACAUGAUUCUCCCUGUUACUGCACACCUUGUAAACUUUACACACACACGCACAUACAUGCAUGCACAUACAUAAACACAAACACACACACGCGCCUGUGCUGGACAUAGACAGGAGAGCGGAGGGAACGAGAGAGUGUACUUUGUGAAGGGGGGGAGUCGGCUAGAAGGAGAAAAGGAUGGGCUUCGGAGGAGAGACUGGAGGGUGGAGAGGUAGAGAGGAGAAGAGUCCGAGUGUAACACAGCACGUAGGGAGAGAGCAGAAGAGAGACAGAUGGGACGAGAAUGGAAGACUCUGAGGGAUUCUGUUUACUGCACGAGCAUGGUUCAGCAUCACGGUGAACUUUUUUUUUUUUUUGGGAAAGGUCAGCCCCUCACCAGACCCCGUUUCUGACCGUGUCGCCUGCGUGAACCUCAAGGCAUGAUAGAACUUAGCCCCUACAUUUGCUCCAGGCAUCUGUUUGAACAUCUCCCUCUGCGUUUUUUUUUUUUUUUUUUGGUACAGUCAUUUUACUCUUACAGGUUCCUAUCAGUUAAAGAUGUGUUAUUAAUGUAAAGGCGAGGAUUCCCCUGGAUUCAUCGAGUGGGUGGGGCUACCCGUGAUCCAUACCCACCCACUGCAGAGAACCAGGAAGCGGACUGAGAGAGCCCAAUCCUUUGUUCCUGGCAGCAUGAGGAGCCUGCAGCAAAAGACAACCAGCUGAGUUCAGGCCGACUGAUGUCCAGAGUAACUGAGCAAUCGCGUGACAGUGACACAAGGUCACAAUGAUGUAAUGACUUAUUAUAUAUGUAUUUAUUUAUUAUUCAGUUAUUAAAAACCUGCAGUUGUGGAGAUGCUCCACUGUUGAGCAUAUGGGCUAGUGGCAUGUAAAAUGCACCAGUGGAGUGUAUGGGCCAAUGUCGCUGGUUCUUACACCAGCGGAGUGUACAGUGAGCUAAGCGACUCGUCUGCCAUUUCACUAAUAGCAAAGACCUGAUUCUGUCUGUUAGAGUCUGGGUCGUUACAGUCUGCAACGGAAACACAGCUAGCGUAAUGCUUUUGGGACUGUCAGUUGAUUUGUUUUACUUUAAAAUGAGGAUGGGGCCCAGAUUGCUGAUGCCUGUGUUUGUGGCGUUGGGAAGAGGAGACGUGAAGGGUUCCUCGGAUUUCACUGGAGCCUCAAGGACGGAUUUAUUUCACAGGAACUUACAGUCAGACGCAGACACACAGGUGGGAUACAUAAAUAUCACAUGCACUUCAGUGAUCUAACCUCCACCUCUAGUUUUAUUAAUACAACUCUCUAUAACUUGCUCCAUCCCCAGAGGCAAUUCAAUGCAUUCACUUGCUUUACAGGCAUGAAAAAUAAACUGUAUGGGGUGACAGUGUACAGAUAUACAGCACCCAGACUGGCUUUUCAUAUAAAAAUAUCAAAUGCCAAGACAUGCAUCCUCUGGAGUUGGCCUUUUGAGGGACAGUGUUCCCCUCUGAAUACUUCACAGAGUAGGAACGGCAGGCCUACAAGACGCUCGCCGGAUUGGGCUUGUCCUCUCAGCAUGACCAGAUAUGAUUUUACAUGCCCCCAAACCUUGGAUUGAUAAAGCAGUCAGGUGCACUACCAUCCUUUCUGUCUGCCUUCGCUUUUCGGCUGUGAAUUAGUGUAAUUCCACACUAUUGCCCUAAGAAUGGACCUAUUAUUUAGUAAAGUCAGCAUAUUUAUAAUGUAAAUAAGGACUGUGUAUUUUAAUAACUAUUCCUUUGUAACUGUCCUGUGUGGUAUUAUAUUACAUUGGAUUAUGUUGUUCCUUUGCUAGACUGUCCUUCAAGCUGAAGCACAGAUCCGAUAGUAGUACUCACAAAGAUGAACAACAACACAACAGACAGACAUGUUCUCAGUUUUGUGUCAAAAUUUAAAGUGCAUUGUCAACAUCCUAGCACUCUUGCACAAUGUAUAGCACACAAUCAAAGCUUAUGUUCAAUUGUUGUACCUGUGUUCCCAACCAAACUGGGACUUAACAAACAGAAGCAAGGGGAUCGGUCCAUUGGAGAGCAGUUGAGGUGGCAGGAGAUAGGUCCAUAACGCAGAUGCAGCUGUGGCAGGACAGAUGCGAUUGGUCAGCGAGAGGUGAGCUGAAAGUUCAGGGCCAGGUGAGGGAAAGUGUAAUAAGCUGUUAAUAUUGAUGUUGAUUCAAAUUUAAUAUGUCUGUCUUUGUGAUAAUCUGUAGUUUGUAACAUUUGACUUCACAACAGCUGAGUCCUUUUUGAUAUGGUCGGCUAACCCUUUGCUAUAAUGUAAUAGUGAUGCAUGACAGAGUAGUGGAGCACGGUUACGGCAUGGUCAAAAUACGCAUGGACGGCAAAAUAAAAAGACACACAGUAUUUAUUUUAUUUGAAGAGCAUAGUGUCAGCCUCCCCGGAGGCACUGAUUUCAGUGUGGUCAGAGAAGGAUAGAACUCCCGUCUGAGCUCACAAGGCACGAGCAACGACAAGUAGAUUGUGCCCACACACACUGAUCCAGGAUCAGCUGAUCCCGCCCUUAUUUUCACCCCAGCCAUUUUGAGCGGGAAGGCUGACCUCAGUCAAUGGUCAGUGGCUGGGUUCACUGUCUUGUGACACCCUGGCUCCCCCCCUCCCCCAGCUGGUUGCUACCGCACAGCCUUUGACCGCAUCAACGCUAGAAUGAAACGCGUUUAGCAGCGCUCAUUCAUGCUUCCCUGUGACCGUUCUCUCUCAUUAUCACACCCACCCUUUUCCGAACGCUGGGGAACACUGAAUACACACUGGGAUUUUGGAUUCGCUUCUUUUUAUUGUACGUUUUGUAUAAAGCUUUGACCGAAGUAGACAUCACUCUGUGGCCAGCUCGUGGAUAGAGUAUUAAAGAUGAGCUUGGUUGACCGGUGUGUGUCCAGGACGAAAAUGAGGUACUGCUCACAGUGGGGAGUUUGGACAGAGCCGUGCGCAGGGGUCUGCACGACCUUGCGCUGGGUCCAGCUAGCACAAUGUUCUCACAGUCACAUUAGCGUGAAGAGAGUGUUAUGUGUUAGCUGCUGACUUUGUACUGGAUGUCCUGCUGAUCACUGCUUUGAGGUACUGAACCCUAACCCUAUACUGCCUUAAAAAGAGGGAUUUAUUUAUUUAUAGAUUUAUUUAUAUAGUAUUUGUGUUGUAAUAUGUUGUGCAGUUAUGUAAGCUUUUAGCAAAUACCAGACAACAAAAUUAUUAAGAAUUCAUGUGCAAUAGGCUGCCCGCACACACAGUCCUAGAGGAAAACAGUAGAGACACCAAAAAGGAGAAAGUACAGACUGAAGCUAUGUACCCUAUGCCUCCCCAGCUCCUGCAAUACUGCCCUAGUGGGAGGAGCACAAAGGGUAUGAGGGACGGAGUCUAAUCCGUACCUUAACAAGUGGAAAGGCAAUAAGGCAGCCAGCGGUGAAUCAUGCAAAUGAGAGGGAAAAAUUUGCUUCUUCUCCAUAACCACUAGACCCAAGGGCUGGUUCCAUGUGGUUAUUCCCUUGAAAAAAAAGGAUAAUUAAAUCCUAUUAUUUAUUUAUUUAUUUAUUUAUUUAUUUAUUUAUACUCACACAGCCUCAUUUACACUGCAUUUAGAUGCGUAGGAGAAAAAAAUACGUUUUUGGAAGCUUAUUAUCCUGGAUCACAACUAAACCAUGGAGAGAAAUAAUAUAAGUUACAAACUUGGAUGAGAGAACAUUUCUAUUUCUCACAUUAUAUGGAAGACUAUAGAAAACUACUGGUGAACUGGUGAUCUGGUGAUCUGCUGCUGCUGUGAUGAGACCCAGUAUUACAGGGUGAGGGGUAAUGGGG